AUGGCGGCGCCGCCUGGUAUAGCUCCAGACCCAACGCUAAGCAACGCUGCUCCACCAGGUCAACAGCCAAUUGAUAGAGGCGCGAGGACGUCGGAUAUGGGAGUUUCUAUACCUAAACCUGAAGUAAGAAAUUUUUUUUUAUUUUUAAGUAGCUAGACUAAAAGUUUUUGUGUUAAGAAUAAUUUAGCUACCCAACCUAUUAACUAUCGUAUUUUACCUUCAGGUCCAAACAGAAAACCCAAACGCAAUGUUAAGAAGUGAACCAAUGAGGCCAGAUUCAGCUGAUCCAGCCAUUCCACCCAGUCCAAGAACUUUUUCAGAUGACAGUCCACCUUCGAUAGAAUUUGUAUCUCCAGCUAGUCCAGCUUUUGGUCCUGGAAUAAAUACUGAAAAUCAAACUCCUAGUCCAGUUCAGAAUUUACCUAGUCCAGUCCAGAACUCACCCAGUCCAACUCAAGAUCAACUUUCAGUCCACGAACCAUCACCAGUCCAAGACCAAUCGCCAGUCCAAGAUAUUGCAGUAGAAUCAGCCAGCCAAAGUGGGCCAAUUUUACCAGUCCGACACCCAGAUGCACCGCCAAUACUACCAGUACGUCAUCCUGAUGCUCCACCUAUACUGCCACUUAACCCCAGUGCUGUUUCAAUAGGAUCAGACGAUUCAGCUGGACCAGAAUCAGCACCAGUAGGACCACAAUCAGCACCAGUAGGACCAGACGGACGAAUGGAACAUGUGGAUCACCAAGAUGAUCAAAGGUCAGUCUUCGCUUCCGAUGCAGCCAGUCCAAGCGGAGUAGUGGAGCAGCCGGUUGGUGCUCCAGCUGCACCUGUAGAAACUAGUCCAGAUGAGAGCUUAAGACUGUCAAAUCCGGUCGAAGCCGGGAUUUCUGAAUCAAGUCCAAUGGGCAUGUCUGGGCCAGAAACUCAGCCGCGUGAUCAAGCGGGUAGAGGUGAUAGUCAGCCGACUGGACCAGAAAAUCAGCUACAAAGCCAGCCAGCUGGUCCUGAGUCAAAUACUCCCGGUCCAGUUCAACGAGGAAUGCAAGAGCCCAGAGGAUUAGGUAGUGGACCUGGCGGAUGGGGUAUUGCUGAUGCAGAAAGAGCUGGGUUGAUUCAAGGAAAAGACCUAGAUAAUAGUAAAGAAGGGGCUUGUUCUACUUGUGGGUAAGGCUUUGUUUGUGCUAAACGUCUAAGCGAGUAGUAGGCUUAGCUUUAGUAGGCUUGGGCUUAAUAGGUUUAACCUUUAUAGGUUUAGACAGCUCAAGCUUAUUAUUGUAAGCUUACCUUUAGUAGGCUUGGUAAGCUUAGGCUUAAUAGUCUUAGGCUUAGCAUGCUUAACCUUAGUAGGCUUAGGUUUAAUAAGCAUAGGAUUAGUAGACUUACGUUCAGUAUACUUAGGCUUAGUAGGCUUGGGCUUGUUUGCUUAGUAAUAGUAGGUUUAGUAGGCUUAGCUUAGUAGGCUUACUAAGCUUAGGCUUAGUAGGCUUAGGGUUAGUAGGCUUAAGGUUAGUAAGCUUAGGCUUAGGGGGCUUAGACUUAGUAGGCUUUGCUUUAAUUGCGUUAGGCUUAUUGGGCGUAGACUUAAUAGGCUUACCUUAGUGUACGUAUUCUAAUAUGAAAAACCAUUUUUUAGGCCAAGAAAUAACUUUGAAGAGCCUGUUCUUCAAAAGGCUAAAGAACAAGGAGUAACAACACCAGCUCCAUCUGGACCAGAAAUGCCUCCACGACGAAGUCAGUGGCCUAAUGCUGAAGUACGUAACUUUUUACAGUUAUAUAAACCUAUAGUAACCAUGCUAAACCACUUUUUCAAAAUAGUGUUUCAUUUUUUAGCCCUGCGAUGAGAUUCUGGAUCCUCAUCCUCUACCUUCUUCUCCAGAGCUUAUACUAAAGCCGGAGGUUCGUUUAUCAUCUUUUUUUAUGUUUUAUUGUCCUAGCUUUGCUUGUAUAAAGAAAAACAGCUUUUUAGUCUAAGGGAAAGGCUAAAAAGCUAUGUUUUUGCUAGUGUGCCUUCUUUUAGGUUUACAUAGGUCAUAUAUAUAAAGUUUUUUUAAAAUUUUUUUUUGAAUUUUUAUUUUUUAUUUUUUUGAAUUUUUAUUUUUUUGAAUUUUUUUUUGAAUUUUAAUUUUUAAAAUUUUUUAAAUCUCAAAUAUUUAAUAUUUUUUUUUAAUUUUAUUUUCCAGGGUUACCUCAAGCCAGUACCAUACAAAUCCCUUCCCCAAUCUCCAUCAAAAUACUUUUAUCGACCAAAUCGGAAACCUAAAUAUGGUGAAAUUACCAUAGCUGCCAGGGACGCUAUCAUUGUGAGUUUUUUUUUCAUUUCUGUAACUAAAAUUCAAUUUUUUUUUAAAUUUUGGAAAUUAAAAAAUCUCUAGGAGACCUGCCGUCGAAUCGACUGUCGCACAGAAUCAGUAAAAGCGGUCGAAAAGUACAACGAAGUCCACCGUACCGAGACUGACAUUCAACGUAUCUUCAACCCAUUCAUAACCCCAGACCAGGUUCAUCGUCGUUUAGCCAAGAUUCAGAAGCUAAAAAGAAGUUUGCUGGAUGCAGCUGGACUGGGUAGUGAAGUGGAGCCUCACAAUGAUGGUACUUUUCAAAAUGACAUAUUAUUGACGGAAAGCCAGACUGAGAGCAUGAUUUUGAGGUUGAGGCAGCAAGCUGAACGGAAUCGGAACAAGAGAAGUGCUAUUUAUGUUGAGCAAAUGCCUACGAAUGUGUGGCCGCAAGGAGAACCGAUUCCUGUCGCUUUUGAUGGAUCUUUGUGUAGGUUAACAGUUAUUUUAUCAGUAUCUAUUUAAAGGGCAAAUAAUUUUUAGGCUCAACAGGUCUAGACUAGGCUCAAGCCAAGACUUUGUUGUUUUAGGAUUAGUAGGCAUAGAUUUAGUAAGCUGGGUUUGAAAAUCUUAAUAUUAUUAGGCUUACGUUUAGUUAGCUUAGGCUUAGAAGGCAUAGGCUUAAUAAACUUAAUUUUAGUAAGCUUAGGCAUAGUAGGCUUAGGCUUAGUAGGCUUAGGCUUGGUAGGUUUAGACUUAGUAGGUUUAGGUUUAGUAGGCUUAGGCUUAGUAGGCUUAGGCUUAGUAGACUUAGGCUUAGUAAGCUAAGUCGUAUUAGGUAAAUUCAAAAAAAAAUUAAUUUCAAAAUCAAAAAUAAAUCCUUUUUUAGCCGAAAACGAGAAAUUUGAAAUUCAACAAGCCCUUCAUGCAAUAGAAACCUCGACUUGUAUCCGGUUUCAGCCAUAUCCGGCAAGACCAGCCGGACAUCACAUUUACUUUGUCAAGGUGGCUACUCCAACUUUGUGAGUGAUAUAGUUUUUAAAUUUAAAAUAUAUGAAUCAAUUUACUUAUUUAAUUUUUUAGUUUUUAGUUUUUAGGCUUAAAUGUUUGAGUUAAAGUUUAGGUUUUGGUCUAGACUUGGGCUUCUACGUAUGUUUAAGCUUGGGCUUAAAUGUAAGGUUUGACUUGGGCUUGAGCAUAGACUUAAAUUUAAGCUUUUCUUAUGCUUCAGGCCUAAUCGUGAGGUUAGGUUUAAGUUUAGACUCAAGCUUAAUCUUAGUCUUAGGCUGAGUGUUAGGCUUGACUUUAAGCUUAGUUUUGGGAUUAGGUUUACGUUUAGUUUAGUCGUAAGCUUUAGUAUAAUUUUAAUUUUAAACUUAUUCUUAGGCUUAGGCAUACGCUUAAUCUUAUGUUAUAGUUUCGGGCUUAGCUUUAGGCUAAAAUUCAAAUUUUAUCUUGGGUUUUGGCUUAGAUUUAAAAUCUAAUAAAGUUCACUUUUUUAGCUGUGGCUUAUCAUAUAUUGGCAAAGUCAGUCCAGCGAAUCCGAUCUACUUGAGUUUUAUGUGUGGGGACGUAAGUUUUAAAUAACCUUUAAAUUUUUUUUAAAUACGAUUUUUUAAAAUAUUUUUGACUUUUUUUAAAUUGUUGUUAUAUUUUUUGAAAAUUCAAUUUUUAGUCAGUUGGUGUUGCAAUCCAUGAAAUUCUGCACGCCUUAGGCACUAAUCACGAGCACUUACGCUUCGACCGUGACAGAUAUCUCCAAAUGGAAUGGGAUAACAUUAACCCUCAAUUAUACGACUAUUUUGCCGUUUCAGACCAAACUUUGUACACAACUUAUGGUAUACCAUUUGACUACUCUAGUAUAAUGUUGUACGGACCGUUUACUGGAGCCGUGGAUCGAAGCCGACCUUCCAUGAAGCCGAUUAACGACGACGGAAGGAAGAUUCAGAUGAUGGGACAGAGGAAGAGUUUGAGCGACAGGGAUGUGUUGCUGCUUAAUACUAUGUAUUGCAAGUCUAAAGGUGGGUUAGUCUUAGAUUAGGUUUUAGGUUUAAAAGAAUGGCUUUCUAAAGCUUGGAAUGGUUUUUUAGGCUUACAAGAAAUAUCUUUAGGUUAAAAAAACCAAUAUACAAAUAAAACGACAUUUUUAAGAUUGCAUCGAUCAAAACGUGUAUUGUGGCCUAUGGGCGCUCCGUAAGCUUUGUCACGAUGAACCUCAAUCGAAAUGGAUGCAAAAGCAUUGUCGUCGUUCUUGUGGCUUGUGCUAA